AUGAAGGCAGCUUCUGCACCAACCAACGGUUCAUCGCGCACCAGUCAUUCAAAACUCGUUGGUCAUGUCUGCGGAGGUUCACUUAUCAGUCCGUCUUGGAUUCUAACUGCCAGACAUUGCUUUGAGCUACUUGCAGUCAUUGAUAAGUCAAAGUCCAGCAUGGAGACGACACCGAAAGAAUACUAUGGAAUGAGUAGAAAUCUCAAUCCGGAACUCAAGCAGCCGAACCGACAUCAACAGCCUUCAACUAUUUACCGCUAA